GUUUGAGAAAUAGGCCAACUCGAAACGAUGAAGGUGAGAAUGAUCCUUUGGCCCCGCCAAAAUCCAUAUUCAAUCGACCAGGUCGGGGUUCUAAAACUAUUAAAAGAAGACUCCUAACUGAUAUGGAGAAAAAAUCAGCCACAACACAUGUAUUGUUGAAUUGCCCGGAAGUUCAACCAUAUUAUAAUUUGUUCGUAGGUAGGUAUGGCUAUGCUCCUGUUUAUUCCGAGUUUAGCGAGUGGUUCAAAUGUUAUGUCCAUGAUCCAAAUAAUGGCAUAGCUGACCAAUUUCUGAAAGAUAUAGCUUGGGGACCAGACCCUUAUGUCAAGACAAUGAAAAAAUACAAUGUCAAUGGUUACAAAUUCCGUACUGAAGAAAGCUCCAAGCAUUAUAAAAGCAAUAAUAGCGGAGUCUGGGUUAAAGGGGACACUAACAAUCAGGAUGGAGAUAUUGAUUAUUAUGGUGUGCUCCAAGAGAUUUUAGAACUAGAGUAUCCUGGUUGGCCAUACAAAAAGUUGAUACUUUUUCGUUGUAAGUGGUUUGACCCAACACCAAAAAGCGGUACAAGGAUAGAUCCACAUUACAAAAUUGUUGAAGUUAAGCAUACAAGGCAGUAUGGAAGCUAUGAUCCUUUUGUCAUUGCACAAAAUGUCAAGCAAGUGUAUUAUGCUCCUUAUCCAUUGCGUAGGGAUAAAUCGGAUUGGUGGGUUGUUAUUAAAACAAAGCCUGUGGGUCGUGUGGAAGUCGAGAAUACUUUGAAUGUUGCAUACCAAAAUGACAUAUCGAGUGUUCAAGAAACAGUGGACAGAGAAUUAGAAAAUGAAUUGGAGCAUCCUGACAACAUAUAUGAAGAAAUUGAUCUCGGGGAAGGAACUUCCAUGGCAAAUGAAGAGGAAGAACUAUCUGUUGACGAUGAGUACUCUUCUUAUGAGGAAGAUUCAGCAAACAGUAGCGACACAAGUGAAGAGGAAGAAUUACCUGUUGAAAAUGAAAUAAGCGAGGAGGAAGAAAUAAGCGAGGAGGAAGAAUUACCUGUUCAAUAUUCUUCUUCUUAGUCCCGAGCCCUAAACUCUCAACCCUAAAUGUUCUUUGGACAUGGAUGAAAGCUUGUUUUUCGUUUGCAGAUGGCAUCAGGUGAUAAAAAUGAGCGACAUCAGAUUAAUAGUUCGCGUGGGAAGAGUACCACUAAGAGUAAGGGUGGGAAGAGUACUACUAAAAGUCGAGGGAAAUCAACCGUGUUUACAUCAAGUCCAUCUCAUUCUACAAUUCCACCAUUGCAUCCGCCUUCACAUGGCCCGUCAUCAAAGAGUAAAGGGGAAUCAACCGUGUCUACAUUGAGUCCAUCUCUUUCUUCCAUUCCACCAUUGCAUCCUCCUUCACAGGGGCCGUCAUCAUUUUCACAUUCUUUUUAUGAAAAAGUGUACAUGGAACCCUGUCGAGGAUAAUGUUAUUAGAAGCAAUUUUACAAAGAAGGCGAGUUCUCGAUUGUCAAAUAUUUUUUCUGAAGCUCGAAAUAAGGGUCAAAAGCCUGGCUGGCUUGGGACAGAUUACUGGGAGGAUCUUAAUAAAUACUGGGCUACGCCGGAGUUUCAAAAGAAGAGCGCCCAGACAAAGGCAGCUCGAAAGUCUAAGAAGGGUGGCUCAUUGCACACUUGUGGUUCAGUGUCCAUGGGGACUGCUCGGAGGAAAUUGAAAGUUUCUCUUGGUAGACCACCCACUCGACAUGAGCUAUGGAAGAAGACCCAUAUGAAAAUCGAAGAUGGAAAAGAAGUUUGGGUUGAGCCACGGGCGAGAGGAUACCUAUAAUCGGUAUAAUCAAGCAAUGGAGGAUCUCAUUAGGAAUCAGCCGACUGAUGAUCAAGGCAAUCCAAUCACGCCAUCAGAGGAACAAGCUCUCUCCUGUUGGUUAGACGUGGUUGGUGGUGUAAAUAAGGGAAGAGCAUAUGGCCUUUGCUCCGAGAAGAACUUUCACCGCAUCCAGUGUGGAUUGCAAGGUAUAGGGAGUUCUGCCACUGUGUCAAAUGAGCAGCUCGAGGAGAUGCGAGACGAGCUUCGGGAACUUGCUAGGAAAUAUGAGCAGGAACAGAAUAAAAGAUUGAAGGAGGAGCGACGUAGGAUAGUGCUUGAGUCAGACGUCAAAGAACUCAAGGCCCAAGUGUGUAACCUCAUCAAGUUGCCCCGUUCUCCACCCCCGAGCCCUGAUCAUGAUGAUGGAGAGGAUGAGGAGGAUCAGGAGCAUGGAGAUGAUGAGGAUCAGGAGAAUAGAGAGUAUGGAGAGACUGAAAUGGAGUAUUAGAGCAGAUCUCUAGCACAUGUUUACAACAAUUUUUGGAAUCAGUUGGACAAUCCCAUAUAGCUUAAAAGGAGCAGUUGAAAGUUGGAGCUUAUGGAAAGUGAACAAAACCAUCAACAAGAUCUGGUAAAUGAUACCUGCAUGUGUUUUUUGGUGUUUAUGGAGAGAAGGAACAACAGAUCUUUGAUGGGACUUCAACUCCUAAUUGUUCUCUAAAAUCAAAGUGUUUAGUUAACCUUUUUAGUUGGAGCAAUCUAUCCCCUGUGAAUGAUAUUAUCCCCCUUUUAGAUUUCAUUGGCUCCCACUCAGUGGCUUAGUAGCCUUGAGUCUUUUGCUCAUGGUUUUAAACUCCCAGCUCUUACUAGUUUUCUUUUGUAGUGUCUGGAGUUUUUAGCCUUUUCUUUGUAAAGUUUGCAUCUGCUUGAUGCUUUUGAAUAUGAAUAUAACAACUUAGUUCACCAAAAAAAAAAAAAUUAUUAUUUUUGUUCCAACUUAUGUUACUUUGGCUUGUUUGAAGUUUAGUGGGAUGCUUGUGAUAUAUUUUUGCAUAACGUCGAAGUUGGUUAGAUUCGUACGAUGUUUGUUGGCUUAAUUUUAAUGUAUGAAUUAUUUCGGAG